CUCACUCCGGCACUCUGCUCUUCUCCGCACACCCGGGACCAAAACCUGCUGCGCACAUUCCUCAGGACGACUAUCUGGUCUGCCCAUGAGCCAUAUGUGGAGAUCACCUGGACACUCACACCGUUCACUUAUUUAACUUUUCCAUACCUUUUAUUUUUUUACCGGACCUGAACGACUUGUUUUUUUGUUCUUGUUUUCUUUUACAUUCCUCAGAUACCAGUCCAGGACGGACAUCUAGUAUUUUUUCCUAUCUCUGUAAACAAGCGAUCAAAGUUUAUUCUAAAUAUUUUUAAUAUUAUUUUCUAACUAUACAACUUGGGUUGACCCAGUAAGUAGGAAGCUGCAGCGUACGCCUUUUUGCAGAGCCCGGUUGUAUUUUUCCCCCCCUCUACGUGUAAUCUUAAGCAACCAAACAGAGAACAAUGGCAGGCAUGAACUCUCUGGAUGCUGUGAAAAGGAAGAUUCAGUGUUUGCAGCAGCAAGCCGACGACGCCGAGGACCGGGCUCAGGUCCUACAGAGAGAGCUGGACAGUGAACGGGAGCUCCGAGAAAAAGCAGAAGGUGAUGUCGCAGGUCUUAACCGUAGGAUCCAGCUGGUGGAGGAGGAGUUGGACCGAGCCCAGGAGAGGUUGGCCACAGCGCUGCAGAAGCUGGAAGAGGCAGAGAAGGCCGCAGAUGAGAGUGAGAGAGGGAUGAAGGUGAUCGAGAAUAGAGCAAUGAAGGACGAGGAGAAGAUGGAGAUUCAGGAGAUGCAGCUGAAAGAGGCCAAACACAUCGCAGAGGAAGCUGACCGUAAAUACGAGGAGGUGGCUCGUAAGCUGGUGAUCUUGGAGGGGGAGCUGGAGAGAGCCGAGGAAAGGGCUGAGCUCGCUGAAUGUAAAGCCAGUGACCUGGAGGAGGAGUUGAAAAAUGUGACCAACAACCUGAAGUCCUUAGAAGCCCAGGCGGAGAAGUACUCAGAAAAAGAGGACAAGUAUGAGGAGGAGAUCAAAGUUUUGACUGACAAACUGAAGGAGGCUGAAACCCGAGCAGAGUUUGCAGAAAGAACAGUGACCAAACUGGAAAAGUCCAUUGAUGACCUGGAAGAGAAAUUAUCACAUGCCAAAGAAGAGAAUCUGGGCAUGCACCAAGUCCUGGACCAGACCCUGCAGGAGCUGAACAGCUUAUAAACGUCCGGAGAGGAAGAUAGAGAGGAUGAGAUCAUCAUUAACAUUCCAUUAAAACGUUCGACUCCAUUCCACAUUUCGAGUUGUAAAACCUUCACUCCCCACAGGAUUAACGUAAUGCUUGUCCCUUGGUGUUUUUUCCCCCCCUCUUUUUCUUAUUGCUUAAUUCUUUAUUUCCAGUUGCCAUUGCAGGAAAUUCUUCCAAAAAAGAUUUUUACUGACCUAUUUAGAAAGAACAUACAAAAAAUUCAAUCAAAGAAGCCUGAUUUGGUCUCUGAUCUUAAACUGGCUCAAAUUGACAUCAUACAAGCACACCAGUCUUUGCUUGUGUGUUCAUUUUUUUUUUUUUAAAUCCUAUGGGUUGAAUUGCUCAGGCACUCAAGUUUUUUUUUGUUUUUUUUUUAGGAGGAUGCAACUAAAGACGUUAUUUUAAUCUGUGCCUGUCUGAGCCGUGUCCUCCUAAAUCUGUUUGGGUUUUAAUCUGGAUGGUAGCCUGUGUGAUGGAAAAGGUUUUUUUCAUGUUAGUAAUAAACACACUAUUAAGGCAAAGCUGCUCCUUCACUUUAAUCUUAUUUACGAUUAAUCAGAAUCCUGAACUUCAGAGCAACUCUGACCAACUUGAGAACAACAUUUGGAUAUUUACAGUGCGUCAAACCUUUGAUAAAUUGGGUUUCAUGAGAGUCUGUAGAGUCCGAGCUGGCUGCACUACCUUUCCUACAGUAUCAGAACACUUGAGCGAGCUCGACCCCAAACCAGAAGCUCUGUCACGUCUUAUCAACCAUGGUUAACUAUUGUAUAUAGUAGGAGAAUGUUAGGUAUGUGAAAAGUUGUAAUGCUCUGAAUAUUUUUUUUUUUUGCUUUCUAUGCCACUUUUUAUUUUCCAGGGGAAAUGCCAAGACCAAAGAACACAUGACACAGACAAUUAAAUCUUUAAAUGUUUUACUUUUUUUUGUUUUGUGAUGGUAUCAGAUCAUGUCAGGGCCUUGGAGGGGGCCUAAAAGUUUUUAUCAAGGCCCUUUUUUUUUUUUUUUUUUGCCCCAUUUCAUGUACCACCCCCUCCAUGUUCAACCCUCAAUAAAUGUUUUACAGAA